AUGAGUGCUCAGGGAGCGCUCUCUGAGCACUCAGUGAGCAAAUAUAUGAACCCCAGUCUGCCAAAUUUCCCCUUGCCGGGCUCCUCUAGCCCUCCUGGCUCGCGAUCCAAAUCUAGUCGCCAGAUUACCCGAAAUCGCGCGAGCUACAGCUGUCACACUUGUCGCCGACGGAAGGUCAAAUGUGACAAGAUACAUCCGAUAUGUGGAAACUGUGUGAAAAACAACACCGAGUGCAUCUACGAUGCUUCGGCGCAAAAGGAUGAAGAUGCGCAUGACAUCUCUCAGCAUACGCACGGAGUCAAGCGAAGGAGAGAAAAUGCACAGAUAUUGGAAGAGGGAGUCGAUGAGCUCCAAUCGAUUUAUGGGCACUUGAAACAGGCCGAAUCAUCGACAAGCGACAAAUCCGACCCCCGCGCAAUUGAGUCACGAUUGGACAAGCUCAUGUCGAUGAUUGAGCGUCUCGGCGGAACGAACCAAGCCCUGGAAGCUGCAGCCGAGAAAGACACGACCCUCGAUACGAAUGUGGAACCUACAGCAUCGAACGAUCCACGGCCGAGUCAUACGAAUGGAAAUGUGGCACUAUCGCGACCUGCCAGCCCGCGUCGCAUCGCGGCAGAAUCAAGUGGCGACGAGUUCCCGAUCCCGUCAGGCCGAGCUACUGAUCUGGUCGACCCGGCCAGAUAUGUCGGCACAACGUAUUGGGCUUAUAUUUCGGAUGAAAUCAAUGAGCUUAAUCAAUUGCUGAGAGAUCAAAAUCGUUCGCAUGAUCAGCCAGCUCCAGAAAGAAACACACAAACGCCAGACCCAGCUACCAAUACACAACAGUCAUGGAGGGAGUCAGUAGGCAGCUCAACACCUUCGAUGACACCCCGGUCCCGCUCGUUCCAGCAAUCUAUUAUCUUUCCCUCCGGUGAUUCGCCGUCAACAAAUGAAAAGGUGGUGGAGCCAGAAAUGCUUGACCAUAUUCCAACGAAGAGACAGAGUCACAUUCUUUACAAAGGAUUUAUGUCUGGCAUACACGCCAUCAGCCCCGUUCUCCACCCUCCAACUAUUCUCAAGCUCUACAACUCCUUCUGGGACUGGUAUGAUUACAGCAGCUAUUCAGGUGACCCGUGCCCAAGUCCAUCAUUCAUACCACUGUUGUAUGCCAUCUGGUAUGGCGGCUCGGUCACAAUCUCAAUUCGAGCAAUCAAAGCUGAAUUCAAUGUAUCUUCACGCUUUGCACUCUCAACAAUGUAUAGCGAAGAGGUCACGCGCUGGUUGACAAAAAUAUCAUUCCCGCGCAGCCCGUCUCUUCAAGGACUUGCGGCCUAUCUCAUUGUACAGACCAUCGUUUCAAAAGAGGAAGAGCCUUUGACGAGCAGUCUAUUUGUUAGUCUGGCGAUGAGGGUGGCACAGAACAUGGGAUUACAUCGGGAUCCAGCUAAGUUUGGCAUCAAUCCGUGCGAGGCAGAAUACCGACGCCGACUAUGGUGGCAUAUUAUGCACAUGGAUGGCGUCGUUGCGAUGUCAAGUGGUUUGCCUCCUCUUGUCAGUGAUGAAAACUACUGGGAUGUGUGCGAGACGAGUGAAAUCAAAGAUACACUGUUGGACAGCCCAGCGGCCGAGCAGUAUGAGAAAUCGGUCGCAUCUCAUGGACGCCAACCUGACAAUCCGGACGUUCCCAACCUUUGCGGCGGGCCUUCUAUGGUCAAUGUGUACUACCUCACCGCAAGGGGGAAAUAUGCCAUGGCCCGUGCUGUCCGACGGAUACUGAAAAUACAGCUUGGUAUCAAGCCUCUUCUUAGGCAGGACAUGGAGGAACUUCGAUCUAUCCUAUUAGAAUUACAGCUGAAGCUGAAUUCAAUAAUACAGCGAAUUCCAGAGGGCAAUCCGCUUGACCAUUCUUCGACCUCUGGUCGGGCUCUAUCCAUGUCCAAGUCCCCUGUGGAUGGUCGCUCCUCUGAUACAGAGCUUCCAGGCGAGGGACCGACAGGAUGUCCGGAACAAUACCACUCCCCGGUUCUUGUUUGUUUCCAUAAGUGGGCCAGAAUCAUUCUGUCUUUGUAUAUUGACAAGGUGCGCUUCCUAAGCUCCAUGGUGUUGUCCUUGCUAAUCUUGCUCAAGGCCUUUUGUGUUGCCUAUCAACCUUUCCUCAAGAACGCUCGCAGCCGCAUUUGGCCCGCUGCACGACAGAGUGCACUUCGACAUUGUCAUGGCUUUAUGAAGAAGUUCAUUCAACUCGCAACUGAUCCUGAUUUCCAGCCCUUCCAGUGGAGCUGGCCCGGCAACCAUCAACCUAUGCAUGCCACUAUGAUCAUGCUUAUUGAUUUGUACGAGCGACCUCAUAGCCCGGAGGCAUCAAAAUCACGCGCAUUAAUCGACCGCAUACUUGCUCUAUCUGGUCCAGAUGGAGGAGUCGUAGGGGGUGAGGACGGUGUAUCGACCCAACGACCAUUAAAGGAUGGAGGCCGUGAAGCCUGGGAUAUGAUCCGUCGCCUUCGUCAAAAGGCCUGGCAAAAGGCGGGACUUAAUCCUCAAAUGCUCUGGACUGAGCAGGAUCAAAUCCAAGCCGGUGUUUCCUCACCGGCCGGUGACCCUCAUGUUGAUGGUCCGCUCUACGCUUCCCAUUCUGGAUCUCCAGCAGCGCCAAGACCAGCUUCUCGGGCUGCUCCAGCACAUGACCCUAAAGUCAACGAUUUCAACAAAACAUUUUACAACAUCACUCGCUCUCACAAUCUGUCGAAUCUCACCUCUGCCUCUCCCCGACCCAGUCCCUUGCGGUAUUCACAGAAACCCCAGGACAAACCCUUACCUUCCUUCAACACACAAUACGAUCCGAAAUCUACACCCAGUCCCAUGCUACCCCCUACAGCUCGUCCAUAUAUCCCCUCAUCCUCGCCAGAACUGGCAUCAUUCCAGGAUGUGUCUCCGCCAAUCCAGGCUCAGCCGCCUUCCGCCUCGACUAUCCCCCUACAGCAAGACCAACAGCCACUUUCAAACCUCGCCCCUUCACCCGCCAUACCCUUCAUGGAUACAUCCCCUCUAAAUCCCAUGCCUCUAGGCGACUCUACCCCACCUUCCAUGGUCGAUCCCAACCUCAACUUCGAUUGGGACCAAUGGGAUGCGGUCUUCGGACAACAUCUCCCCGUAGCAGAUGAUCUCAUGGAACUAGAUCCCGUUGCGGGCCUUGACUUUGCCAACUUUGGGAACGCAUCAAAUACUAAUAAUGCUUCCAGCGGGGAUAUGGCCGAUAUCUAUCCCAAUGGUCUUCCACCUGUACCUUCUCCAAGUGAGAUGAAUUUCCCCCCGUCCUGGAACGGCAACGGUGCUAGCAGCAUGGAGAACUCGAAUGGUUGGUCGGGCUACUGA